CUAUUUUCCAUAGGAGCUUAUGAAAUUUUCCUAAAUGAAGAAUUUGAUGCCAAACAGUAUGCAAAUAUCAUUAUAGCAAGCCAAGAGAUUAAUGACUCUUUGCAGAAAUUAUCUGCUGGAAUUAACACGCUCGAUCGUGAACUUCAUUCUCAGGUCGUAGCACAUCAUGAUGAUUUACUCUCUCAAGCGACUAGUAUUGAAGCUCUAGAAGGUGUUCUGAAAAUGAUGCAAAGUAGGAUAGAAUCAUUACAAAUAACCGUUGGCAGAAUACAAAAAAAGGUUGUAGAUCCUUACAAGAUGAUUUCAUCCCGCACUGCCCAACUGCGCAAUCUGCAGAUUGCCUGCGAUAUUUUACGAUGUGUCAUUCGAGUCUUAUAUUUAUCACGCCGCUUGGACGGUCAACUUCAAGGUGGACUAAAAGAGCUAACCAAUGCUGCGCAGAGUUUAAAUGAACUUGAUUAUUUAUAUAAUAGCAUGGAUCUGACUGACAUUCAGAUGAUUGAACAAGAUAAACAAAAGAUUGAGAAAGCUCGUCAAAGUAUUGAAAAUGAAGCUAUGUUAGUGUUAACCGAUGGGAUGAAAUCGCAAAAUCAGACUAAAGUAGCUACCGGAUUGCAAGUGUUCCAUAAUCUACAAAAGUUGCAAUUGAUCUUGCAAAAAGUGAUUGAGAAAUCCUGCAACAAUUUAGAAUCAUGUGUUUGUGAAACACUCGAUCCCAAUACCCAUAUCCAAUCACGUAGCACUGGUCCUGGACGUGCAGUGAUGCCAACGCCAGGGAAUGCUGCAGCUUGGAGGGUAUCGCUAUGGCAAGGCAUGGAGAAGUUGAUGGGAAAUAUAUAUGAAACUUGUGUACAGAUGUCCGUGUUAGAAAAAGUGUUAUUUAAAAAAAAGGAUCCUGUAACUCAUCUAUGCUUUAUUGAAGAAUUACUAAAGGACGGACAUCCAACGGUUAUGGCUGCAUUUUGGAAAAAAGUUAUUUUUAUUUUAACGCACGAACUAAGUAGAGCAACCGAAGAUAAUACAUUUCUAAAGCAAACAUUUGAAAGUGAAUAUCCCAAAUUACUGAGAUUCUACAACGAUUUAUGGUCGAGAUUGAAACCCUAUAGUGUAACUAUAGAUCAGGUGACGACAGUACGUUUAGGAAGUGUCGACUAUGACAAUUCAGUUUUUUCAGAGAGUGACUGUUAUCCUUUUUCCAAUACCUUUAGCCCAGAACUGGCUUUGCGAGAUUCUUUAUCGUCAUUCGAGAAUGCUUAUCUUACUCGUUCAUUGUCGCGUCUGUUCGAUCCUAUCAACACCUUUUUUCCUGACACUGCAAAGGAGCCACCGAAACGUGAAGAAUUAACAAAUAUCGAAAAGACUGUUGCUAAUGAACUAAAUGCCGCAAGUGUAGAUACAAGACUAAGUUUAGCAAUUGCGAAGAAUGUUUCAAAAACUAUAAGACUUUAUUGCGCUAAGUGUGAACGUCUGAUCGUCACAAAUUCCAAUGCAGUCCAACUAACCGCGGCCAUGACUGGAGCUCAAACCCGUAAUGCGACGGUCAUAAACAGCAUUUACUAUUUGUGUACUGCAGUUUCUAAGGUGCUUAGUUUUAUAAAUUUGUUUGUUGUCGUGUGUGCUACUAGUGCUUUAAACAUGAUCAAAGAGGCUGUAGAACCAUUAGUUAAGGCUAUGUCAAAAACAAUUGAAGCUAUGAUUUUAAAAAUUCAUCAAGAAGAUUUCGCUAGCGAAAAGACAGAGAAUCAAAUAGCCAAAUCUGAGUGUUCCUCUUUUAUCAAGGAUAUCCAGAGAUUUACAGAUCGGAUUAAAGGAGAUUAUCUUGCCAGAUUAGAUUGCAUCGAGAUAGUAGAUGAAAUGCUUAAUUCUUUGGCAAGUAGAGUACUUGAACUAUUUAUCCGACACAUAAGCUUGGUUCGCCCUAUAUCUGACGCUGGUAAACUGAAAAUUGCAGCAGAUAUGGCCCAGAUGGAAUUAGCAGUUGGCUCGAUAUGUACUAAGCUUUCUGAGUUGGGAAAAAGCUACAAAGUCUUAAGAUGCUUUAGGCCAUUGCUCUUCCAAACACCAGAACAUAUUCUAGGCAGUCCAGCUUUAGGAGAGAAUCUACCAUAUUUUUUAGUAUUAAAUUUUCUAUAUUCUCGAGCACCGCCUAAACUUCCUUCGCCCUACAAGGCUUCUAAAUGGACGGAAAAGGAGUACUCAGAAUGGAUUGACAAUCAUCCUGACGAAUCGGAAAGAUUAGGUUUAAUCAGGUAUGAGACACUGGAUAAUUACAUCCAAUCCGUAAGAGUCUCGGAUAAUAAAGUGCUCCCGCCAAUUAUUGUAGUCAUGCAGAAGAUUCUUCUUAAAGCUAGUUCUCAUCGGCGUGGCCGUUUUACUACUGGCAUACUGGCAUCACAGAUGUCUCUAGACAGAUGA